AUAACACUUUUUGUUGAUAAACGAGAACAAAAACCUUCAUUCCAAUUAUUAUAUAUUUUGAAAACAUUAUUUUUUCCGCUGGGGAGGCUUCCAAGUAGAUAAAUUCUACAAGAUGUUAGCUGGCUGCCCCGAAGAGCUGCCUAAUCCGCACAAGAACUGCCUGCACGAGAUGCUGCAGGCGCUGAUCUGCAAUGACAAUGAUGUUAAGCGCUUGAACACGGAGCUGAGAAACAUCCAGCUGGAGUUGCAGGCGGAGCUGGACAAGAUCAAGAAGGCGAACCAGAAGUGCGGGCACGAAAAGAGGGGCAAAGUGGUGUGCGAGAGCGUCGAGGAUAUGACCAAGUUCGCCGAGCGGAUCAACAACCUGGACGAGGUGAAAAUCCAUUUCACCCGGCGGAGCGAGGAAAUCCGAAAGCGGCGGGACAACAUUAUCCUUUAUGCCCGCCAAUGUAUGUAUGCUUACAACGAGGAGAAGUGCAAAUUCAAGUCCUUCCACGAGAACACUGUGGAUUACAUCAAGCGCACGGCGACCCUUUCCCAGGAUGCGGAGGUCAUUCGGGGUUGCGAAAAGGAUGUGUGCGAUUUGCACAAGCGCUUCGUUCGCGAAGUGGCUAAGCUGAAAACCUGUGAGGAACAACUGCUGCCCUUCUUCAAGUUGCUCAAGGAAUCCGAUUCGAAGGUCCACUGCGAGUGCUGCUGUUUCAAGGGCUACGACUGGAUGCCAACUGGCAAGAAUUUCGAGGCCGUGGACUCGAUGGCCGGCGAAAUCAAGGAGCAGAUGGGCGAUGUCCUGGUGCGAGCCUUUGCACAACUACACCUUCAUUCGCCGCAGGACCCACGUGCCUUCAUCGCCGCAUAUCUAAUGAACCUCGAUCGCAACGAGCAGGACAUGAAAGCGAAGCUGAAUAUCUUUCAAGCGGAUCCUACAGCGGAUCCCCAGGAGUUGUCGGACCCUACAUACCAAUGCGAGGACACAUGUCCUCCAGCCGAGUAACGCCAAAUGGGGAAAUCUAUUUAACAAAACAUUCAAAAUGUAACCAAAAUCGGAGAAUCACUUCAAACUUUUAAUUGAUUCCAACUUAAAACGCAAUACAUUUCAGACAAAUACUUUUCAAUAA